AUGUCAUCAGCAUAGGGGAUGCACACCCAUUAAAGGGAGAGAUUGCACUGGUCAAGGCUCCUGAUGGCAUGGUUUUGCACAAGGUGUCUGACAAUCCUGAGUGGCAGAAGUCUCAUGAAGAAGGGGAUCCAGGUAUGGUGGCACCUCAUGCACAGAGCAGAAUCCCAUUUCCAUCAUGCAAGCGGCCUCAUGAGGAGGUGACAGAUAAUGACACAGUUCCUCAUGAGGCUUCAUGCUCUGACCACCAAAUGCCCCUGCAUGACAAAGGCAGGGAUGCAUGCCCCAUUGCUGGUGACUGUGGUGUAGUGGUUUACCCUGCUGCAUUUUGGUUGAAACUAACAGGUGACAUGCACAGGGUGCACUUUGUGACCCACCAGCAUGCACAAGCUGAUCUGCAUCGUGAUGCUGUCCCAAGCCAUUUGCACCUGCAGGACCCUGGCCCUUCUCAGCAGUUUCCACCAUCUUGGCAUUAUGAGGAUGUCCCACAGGACCCUCAUUAUGACCAUGCCAACUAUCAUGAUCCUGGCCCCUCCAAUGUUCCCUACAAUGUAUUACUGCCCACUUGCCAUGGUUUGGGGCAUUUCCCUCUGUCCUGUCAGAUGUAUUGCAUACCAUCUCACCCUGACCAUCAUAUUUACCAUGAUGCUCCAUAUAUCUCUGACUACUACCCCACAGCCCAGCCCACAGCACAGCAAUGGGUUGACAGAGGUAGUGCUGCACAGUAUGAGGAUGAAUUUCCUGAGGAUUACUUAGAUUAUUAG